CAGAUCGAACUGGCUCUUGCUGAAGCCAAUGCACCCCACGUAACCUACGAAGUUGACCUCUUUAAUAAACCAGAGUGGUUCGCCAGUAAAGUGAACCCCGUUGGCAAGGUGCCCGCUGUGACAUAUGGGGGACCCAAUGUCGACCCCGACGAUCCUUCGCCUCUGUCCGCUAAAAUCGCGGAAUCGAAUGUCAUCCUUGAGUUCUUGGCAGACCUUUAUCCAGAUUCUGGGCUCCUGCCAAAGGAUCCUGUUUUGCGCGCCAAAGUCCGUUUUUUCAUCGAUGCGACUACUAAACACAUCGAGGGACCGUUUUUUGCCUUCAUCCGAGGGAGCGAGUCAUAUGACAAUAUCCUGAAGGGAAUUGAAUUUAUUCAAGAACUUCUUGAGGAGGGUAGAGAUUUCGCGGCUGGAGAUCACUACACUAUCGCGGAUGCGUGCAUCUCUCCGCAUCUCGCAAGGCUCAAGAUUGUCAUCGAAACUGACUUAGGUAGAGCACCCGCUGGCGCCUUUCCCCGAGAAGUUGAAUCUGAUUAA